CCAGGUGUAAGCACUCUUUCUCUGCUUUCUUUCCUUCAGAACGCGUCGCGUCGAGUACAGAGAGAGUAGUGAGUGUGUGAGUGAAGUCGAGAGAGCGUCUGGCCGCGGGAGAGUGUGCGAGAGAGAGAGAGAGAGCGAGUGCAAGGACGAGCGGGGUGGGGAGGGGAGGGCAGGGCAGGGCAGGGGAGGGGGAGCGGGAGGCUGGGGUUGGGAGUAUAACAGGGAAUACGAUGAAUUACGGAGACGUCGUGGAUCCCCACUUCGGUCGCUUGCGCUAGAAUGGAGUUGUGAUCGGCACGCGAGGCAUGUCGUAACGAUAGAGUGGUGGUAUGAUUCACACAGUAGCAGGGAGCUGAGCUCUGCCAGGAAGGAAGGAGCGAGCACAAGUGCUCAUGCCGGUGCUGGAUUGCGUCGUCCGAAGAGUUCACGUUGCCGCGAGCCUGACACUUAGUCGAUUGUGCUCCGGGCGUUUCAGCAGCGCUAGCGUAAGUCAACCGCCUGGCAUGUCCGCGAGCUGCUGCUGCUGCUGCUGCUGCAACAUGGCGGGACUUAAUCAUCGGCGGACGAUAUAGCUCCAUGGUUGAUGUCCUCGCACCUUUCAUUCCCGAAACUCGUUAGGGUUAUUGUCAGGCCAUAAACUGGGCCCCGUGUCCCGUCGGGUCGACCAAAGUGCUGUGCACCCUCGUUGUGGUAUUGUCCAUAAGUGGACCUUCCGGAGUUGGUCUGCCGCAGUGGGGUGGAGUUCGGACUUAGGGCCUGGGCCUGGGUGUUUUGGGGUGACACAACAGGAGUGAAGGAAGUGGCCGAGAUGUGGAGUAGCUUCGGAAGGGAGUAAUGGGGUUUGAAGAUAGGAAGCCUAGGCCCGGGCUUCCCACAAUGUGAUCGGUUUCGGAGUCAUGCGUCCGCGUCCAAUGUUUUCUCACUUGCCAGGAUACAGAAGAUUGGAAGUACGUCUGACAGUAGAUUUCGUAGUCUCUCAAAAUCACAGUAUUGUAGGUCUAGAGCAGGAUGAACGUCUAGUUGCGAGUCCAUGAUGAAGUCAUUUGAUACAGCCACCUCAACGUCAACAUCAGCAGGAAGGUCCCCAGAUUCCUCAACGACGGGAGACAAGUUGAACCCCAACGACAAAAUGACUAUCGUGGAGGGAUUUUCUCCCAUUGGUUUGAAAGUGCUCGUUGUCGACGAUGAUCCUGUUUGUCUCAUGAUCCUCGAGACAAUGCUUCGGCAGUGCCACUACUCCGUCACGACGUGCCAGAAAGCCGUAGAUGCUCUCUCCCUUCUACGAGAGAACAAAAGCAAUUACGACCUGGUGAUGAGUGACGUUUACAUGCCCGACAUGGACGGGUUCAAGCUGUUAGAAGCUAUCGGCCUCGAGCUGGACCUUCCCGUCAUUAUGAUGUCUGCAAAUGGAGAAACGGAAGUCGUCAUGAAAGGGAUAACCCAUGGGGCGUGCGAUUACCUUCUGAAACCCGUGCGUAUAGAAGAACUACGGAAUAUAUGGCAGCAUGUCAUCCGACGUCGUGGACGAGGCGAAACGAUGAAGGAUGAUCACUCUAGCGAAUGGGGGGAUGAUGGGAAUAGAGCUUUAGAUUCUCCGAAUGACGGGGAACAAAAUUCGAGGAAGCGAAAGGAGAAACAGGAGCCCGUCGAGGAGCCUCUCGAGGAUGUCAACAGCCUCAAAAAGGCCAGGGUCGUCUGGUCGGUCGAAUUGCAUCAGCAAUUUGUAAAUGCGGUGAAUCAGCUUGGAAUCGACAAAGCUGUGCCGAAGCGCAUCCUGGAGAUAAUGAACGUACAAGGUCUUUCGAGAGAAAACGUGGCAAGCCACCUGCAGAAGUAUCGACAAUACCUGAAGCGCUUAAGCGGCGUUAAUACUCAGCCGUAUCCAGUUGCAUCAUUUCAAGCUUCCCAGGGAACGAACUUUGGUGGUACGAUGCAGAUUCAGCCCGGUGGUAGAGGGGUGGCUGCAGCAUCCUGCGGUAAACCUAUGAAUGUGUUACCAGGACCAGGUUCGAAUCUUGUCGGGGCUGGUAUGGCAAGAGGAAUUACUCAAAUUGACCAGGCCACUUUGACUACGCUGGCCCAACUGCAGGCCCACCAGCAGAGGCAAGCAGCCUCCAUAUCAUCACCUCACAUGCUGGGUGGGCUUGGACAGCUGAGCGUUGGAGGGAUUAGACCCGGUUUGUCCAACCCAUCCUCCAACAACACGUCCUUCCCAGGUCUGCAGAGGAUGUCAUCCGUUGAACUGGAUAUGUUGAUGAAAGCAGCCCAGCAAGAUUCGAUAAACAAUCGCCAACAAGGGAACAUGAAUGGCGAUGACCUUGUCGGACUAGGACGACAGAAUAAUUUGCAUCCUCUUCCGGCCCUAGGCUUCAAAACGGAAGAUGAAUUGGUACUUCCAAGCAUCGGGUUGAGUCAAGUCUUUGGCGCCGAAAAGUUUGGUGUUGAGCUCGGUGCCCCUUCGCCCUACUCCACCAUGAGCUCUACAAUGAGUAGCAGAGGCUUUCAAGAGGCGAAUUACAGUAGUGGCUACAGUGACUACGGCCAUGUAGAUAACAACAAUUUCCUACCAGCUUCUCCAUCGGAGCUUAGUGUCUCCUUAUUGAACCAAGUCUUCCCUCACCAAGGUGAAGACGAUUAUAGGCCUGGUCAGGGUCAGUGAUGGUGGGGUGUCAUACGUCUCGUUCCUCUGGGCUCCGAGUCGCAUCUGAGUCCAGGCCCGAAGCUUAUCGGACUGGCCUGCGACAUGGCCUGUGAUGGUGACACCCCACCUGCAUGUUCAACAGCCUUCUCUACGCAAGUGGUCUGAGAGGGAGCCUUGGAGAGCCUGUUGAAAACUGCAUGUGGUCGUGUAGGAUAUAAGUUAUACAUCAAGAUAGUAUCAUCUACCACAGGUCCAGGUCCUCUCAUUUUGAUUUGCUGAUACUGUAUGUUCGGGAUAAUCCAAGGAUGCAGCUCACCACGGAUGAACUGGCUGUCCCAUGCUGUCGACUUGUGAUAGUCGGGACACUUACUGUCUACCUUGCACAAGAAAAAUGUCAGCCACUACCCUCCAAUUGUAAAUGCACAGCUUUUUAAAUGGCUCCCUUUUGUACUCUCUGUUCUGUAUCAUCAUGACUUUUGUCGACACCCUUCGCAGGUGAUCAGAGGCUGCUGGCCUCGUCUCUCUUUAACGCCUGAUUCUACUCUUGCAGUGCUUCUUGUAGCAAAUCUUCUCACUCUUGUCGUGGCACUGAAGAACUAACAGUUUUUUUUUUUCAUAACACAUGUGAAGAAUUUUCAGCCAGGUAUUUCGUUUUCAUCCGCACGUCGAGACUACGGUAUGUUUUUGAACUGAUGCGAAGAGUAAAGUCUGAUUGCAUUGUUCAAAUAGUUACAUCUUCGUGUUGGAGCGGUCUUCAUAAUCUGUAUCGGAAUUCCUGUACUUUCGAGGUCGCAUCUCUCUUCGUUCACUUCUUCGACCUCCAGAUGCUCCAUUUGGAUGAGGGCUGGAUCUGUGUUGGAUUCGGGUGGAGGUGGUCACACAUGUAAUAGUCUGUAGGCACACAGACUACUGCGCGUAUAUAUGAGGCUCCAAGUGAGUACACAUUCCACACCAUCUCCAGAUGACAUGGGACCCGUCGUUAUCCACACUCAUUCAGCUGUCGGGUCUGUUGAAGGGAAGCGAGAUCCGUGGGUCAUCGUUGUGACUGCUUGAUUACUCCCCAGCGUAGUGCGGUGUCAGAAUUGAA